GACAUUUUUUUAUUAUGCAAAUCGAGUUUACUUUGGUCCAUUCUUAAAAACACUAGCCGGGUUCAUUGCUUUUAUUUGUUUUUUCUAUCUUCUGGCAACAUCUAUAAAACCAUCAAAAAUAUGUCACUGCAUCUGAUGUGCUGUCGCGACCGUAAUUUUUCUUGCAUCACAAAUUUAAACACAUAGGAUAAACAAGAAUCAAGAUAACACCUUAUCUAAACAAUGCAAAAGCGGCCUCGUGAUCCACCGACAUAAAUUCCCAAAACAGCUCAAAAAUCGCAGUGCCGUCACCUCGUCCGCACCAUGAGUCUAACAACCGAAAAUAUAAAAAUAAUCUCCUUCGAUGUGAAAGACAUCCGCUUCCCCACCUCCCUGGAAGCGCACGGUUCGGAUGCUAUGCACACUGACCCUGACUACUCCUGCGCCUACGUCACCAUCAAACUCAAGACAGGCCUGGAGGGCCACGGCCUGACCUUCACCUGCGGCAGAGGAACGGAAAUCGUCGUUGCAGCGUGCAAGUCGCUGAGUGACCUCAUCGUGGGUCAAGUGGUCAGCGAUAUUUACAAGGAUUUUGGCGGCUUCUGGCGCAGCUUGACCAGCGAGAGCCAGCUGAGGUGGGUCGGGCCGGAGAAAGGGGUAAUACACCUCGCCACAGCCGCUAUUAUUAACGCCCUGUGGGACCUGUGGGGGAAACUGCUCAAUAAGCCAGUGUGGCAACUUUUGGCCGAUUUGGAACCCGAACAGUUGGCCUCAACUAUAGAUUUCCGGUACUUGUCAAAUGUUAUAACGAAAGAAGAGGCCGUCGAAUUGCUGCGAAGGGGGCGAGUGGGGAAGGAGGAAAGGAUGAACCAGCUGUUGGCUCUGGGAUACCCCGCCUACACCACACAAGCCGGCUGGUUGGGGUACAGCGACGAGACGAUCUACGACCUGGCCAACAAAUACAUGGAGCAAGGCUUCAACGCAUUUAAAGUCAAAGUUGGGAAAAACCUAUUCCAGGACAUAAAGCGCCUCGAGUUGAUUCGCAACACCAUCGGUUGGGACCGCAUUUUGAUGGUGGACGCGAACCAAAUCUGGGAAGUCCAGGAAGCUAUCGAUUGGAUGAAACAACUAUCGCAUUUUAAAAUUUUAUGGAUUGAGGAGCCCACGUCCCCUGACGAUGUGCUAGGCCAUGCCGAAAUCGCCAAAGCCUUGAAACCGCUCGGCAUCGGCGUUGCAACGGGCGAAAUGUGCUGCAACCGAGUGCUCUUCAAGCAAUUCCUGCAAGCCAACGCUUUGGAGUAUUGCCAAAUUGACUCGGCACGAAUCGGCGGCGUUAACGAGAUUUUAAGCGUGUACUUGAUGUGCAAAAAACUGGGAGUUAAAGUUUGUCCCCAUGCUGGAGGGGUCGGAUUAUGCGAAAUGGUCCAACACUUGCAAAUGUGGGACUAUGUGGCCUUGUCGGGCACCAUGGAUGGGCGGUUUAUUGAAUACGUUGACCAACAACACGACCAAUUUGUCAACCCAACUAUUGUCGAAAACGCUUGCUACAUGGCCCCUAGGACUCCUGGCUACAGCACCACCCUGAAGCCUGAGGCAAUAAGCGCGUACGAAUACCCCAGCGGGAGCGAAUGGGAGGACAUGUUUGCUAAAGGAAUAUUCCGUGAUCCACGAAAACGUAAAUAAAUAUAUUGUUUGUAUGUUACGAUAAAAAUAAAUCACUCACGAUUCA